AUGUCCGCCGCGCGCGGUGCUCUCCUGCGCCUCGGCGCGAGAAUGCGCUUGGCGAACGCCGGCGCGGGGUUCAAUCGCGCGCGCGGUUACGCGAGCGGAAAUGGGCACGGUGUGACGCACGAGGGCGUGACCUUGCACGAGGCGAGCACGGCGCACAAGGCGCUGGGAACGGGGUUCGGGGCGCUCAUGUGGUUUUGGGUGUUUUAUCGAUUUUAUCACGACGGCGAUACGCUGAUCUACGGACACGCCCCGCACUUCGAGCACGAUGAUCACGACGACGAGCACGGGCACUGA